CACACUCUCUUUCUCUCUUUCUCUCACUCCAUCUCCUCUGACUCGCUUUGUUUCAUUUUUCUUCUCUCAUCACGAACCCACUUUCUCUCACCUCCUGCUCAAAUAGUGUGCCAACCUAGGGAUUAGUUUUUGGUCGUUCGUGAGGCUAUGGUAGGUCAAGGGAACCAUUGUUACUUCCAAAAUCAAGAGGGUUUUUCAGUUUUGUUCAUAUUUCAAUAGGGUUUAAGAGAACAGAGUGUCGAAGCAACAAUUUAUGUUGAGAUGGGGUCCAAAGCAAAGAAAGCUAUCCAGAAGAAACUGAAGAAGAAUUCAUCCAAAAUGUUGGCUUCAAGUCGUAAAGAUGAAGCUGCUGAUUUCUUGCCCUUAGAGGGCGGUCCUGGCCACAAACUUCCAGAAAGCAACACACAUGGGAAUACUGCUACAGUCUUGUACAUUGGUCGAAUUCCACAUGGCUUCUUUGAGAAUGAAAUGGAAGGUUUUUUUAAACAAUUUGGUGCGAUCAAAAGACUUAGACUGGCAAGGAAUAGGAAGACAGGAAAAUCCAAGCAUUUUGGCUUCAUCGAAUUUGAGUCUCCCGAGGUGGCAAAGAUUGUAGCAGAUUGUAUGCAUAAUUAUCUGUUGUUUGAGCAUUUGUUGCAAGUUUAUCUUAUUCCUCCGGAUCGUGUUCAUCCAAAAUUGUGGAAAGGUGUUAACCGUUGGUACAAGCCCUUGGAUUGGGUCCGUAUUGAGCGUAAGCAACAUGACAAGGAGAGAACAUUGGAAGGGCACAAGAAGUUGGUGAAAGGAAUCAUGAAACGGGACCAGAAAAGGAGAAAGAAGAUUGAGGAUGCUGGUAUUGAUUAUGAGUGCCCAGAAAUUGUGGGCAACCAGCCCGCGCCGAAGAAGAUUAGGUUUGACGAAGACUAGGAUGUCGUGGGACAGAAGAAGUACAAUUUCAGUUACUUUUCCUUUUACUUCCGUUUCAACUGCACUGUUGUCAUUCUCUCCAAAAUACAAUACAUGAGACAACCGACAGGCUUAAUACGGUUUCCAAAUUUUCCCCGUCAGGUUUAUAUAGACAUUGGAAAGACAUGAGAAGCAGAAAAAUAUUAUGAAGGUUGUAAUAUUUUUGUAGCUUAUUCUAUUAUGUUCAUAUAUUAGCUUUGGUUAUGUUCGUAGUUGCCAACAAAUGAAAAGGGCUAGACCAGGAAGAGACUUGCCUGAAGAAUUGCCAAUGGUCUGCCACAGAUCAGUAUUCUCAUCCGUGCUGUAUGUUAUCUCCAACAAUUAAAAUUUGAUAUGUUUAGUUGCUGGACAACUAUAAUUUUUUAUUUAUUUUUUAUCUAAAGCACCAAGGGUUGCAUUUUGACAACUA